ACCAUCCGUUGCUGGCCGACGAGCAUCAACUGUGUAGUUGACGACUCGUUGUUUGACCCUUUUCUUUAACUCGUUCCGACGAGUCGAAGGGAUGAGUCAAACAGAAAUAUGUAUCAGGAUUCAGGUUACCAGUCAAUUCUGAUUCCAAACGCCUGCUUCAAGCUACCAGUGCGACCACUAGACACAUAUCUGCACACAUACCAAUCAAUACCUCGCAAGAAACACCGUCUAUACAUCGCCCUCUACCAUCACAAUGCAAAGUCAGGUUUCCACUUCGUUCUCAUGCUCUCACCCAAGGGAGAAAUGCGUAACGCCUCCAUCCAUGACUGCCACAUUUACAACACCAUCAACACCAUCCGAUCAAGUGUCAAAUUCGAUCUCAACGGCAUGCCAGAAUGGCGCUAUGAACACAAAGCCGUAAAUGAUCUCCGAGAAGGUACGGUCAUAGGAAGGGUGCUCAUUUCAAAGCUGCCCGCACACGAACCUUUGGUCACGCAAGCAGAACGCAUACACGAUAUCCUUGCGCAAAUGUCGCUCGUGCAGAACGAUGCACAGUGGGAUUGCCGAGUGUGUAUGUUAGCUGCGCUGCGAGCCAACGGGGGUGACUUCAGCACGAUCCCGGAGGUGACAAAUGGAGGUCAGACGGAGGGCGAAAUAAGGACUUUCGGUGACAUGACCAAGGAGAGUGUUUUGAAAGGUCCAGGUCCACCGCCCAGCUGUGCUAGCGAUCUAGCAAGUAUCGAUAUUAGGGUUCGUUGAAAAUGAGGAGUACCAUGUACAAAGUAUCGUUUACAAGAAGAUACGUGCUUGCUUGUACCUAUGAUGCUGUGAUACUUAUCGGUUCUAGCAGGCUGUCAUUAUUACAACGCGCACUGAGGGGUGAGUACUAGUACUUGAGUAAUAAAUCCAGGAUGCAAAGCAGAAUAAGUCUCAGCUAUGUGUCCACUUCUGUCCCUGGAUGCUCUCGAGGACAUCGAAACUAGUAGAUCUGAGUCCUCCCCUAUAACUCGCAUCCC